UUUUGCACGUCUAUGUUCAUCAUAGAUGUUGGUAGCAUUAGGCUGCUUGAGGACUAAGCAUGGAAGCAGUAUGUUAAUAUAUCUACCCAACACCACAUGUUUUGUGUAUUAACACUAAAUCACAUACAACCUUGCUUAUUGUUUUACAGGAACAUGCCACCUCCUCAUGGUGGAGGGCUCCAAAAGUCCUGCACUUCUUGCAGCGAAAAGAUUUUCAACGGCUGUAAAACCUGCCCUAAGUGCAAGGCAGCCCAGCCGACUGGGGUGCGGCUGAAAAAAAAAUGGAACAUUUAAAGAAGAACGUGGACGCCUGGGCUGCAAAUAAGAAAAAGCACCAGUGCCUGUCCCAUGUGUGGGACAGUGCAGUGCUGUUGGUGGAGAAGUUAAAUGCCCUUAACUGGCACCCGGUGUUGCUUGUCAAGCCACACCGAACGGCGAAAAUGCUCACCCCAGAGGGCCAGAACACAAACGGCGAAGUGUGCCUGAGGAACAUACAUGAGAUUUAUAAACUCAUGGUGGAAGACACGCCACUGGGUCCAGGAACCACAGCUCCCCCGCCCCCACCAGGACCAGCUAUGGAUACGCAGGGCGAGGAGACGCCUAAUUCUAACCCUAUUGAUCUAGACAACACAGAAGAGGAAUUUAUCCUCAAUCUCAUUCCAAUAGAGAUCAGCCACUUAUCAGGACAAGAAGAUGGCAUUGAGGAAGCGGCGCCCACAAACAAAGAAGAUGGCAUUGAGGAAGCGGCGCCCACAAAAAAAGUGAGAAAGAGAAGGGCUCCUCUGAAGGCACAACAGCCUAAAGAAGAUGGCAUUGAGGAAGCGGCGCCCACAAACAAAGAAGAUGGCAUUGAGGAAGCGGCGCCCACAAAAAAAGUGAGAAAGAGAAGGGCUCCUCUGAAGGCACAACAGCCUAAAGAAGAUGGCAUUGAGGAAGCGGCGCCCACAAACAAAGAAGAUGGCAUUGAGGAAGCGGCGCCCACAAACAAAGUGAGAAAGAGAAGGGCUCCUCUGAAGGCACAACAGCCUAAAGAAGAUGGCAUUGAGGAAGCGGCGCCCACAAACAAAGUGAGAAAGAGAAGGGCUCCUCUGAAGGCACAACAGCCUAAAGAAGAUGGCAUUGAGGAAGCGGCGCCCACAAACAAAGAAGAUGGCAUUGAGGAAGCGGCGCCCACAAAAAAAGAUGGCAUUGAGGAAGCGGCGCCCACAAACAAAGUGAGAAAGAGAAGGGCUCCUCUGAAGGCACAACAGCCUAAAGUGAGAAAGAGAAGGGCUCCUCUGAGCCACAGGGUUGGUGUAAAGGAGGAUGAUGAGAAGACAAGACAAGACAGACAGCCCCCUGGUCUCCAUGGCUACAGGUCCAGCAAAUGAAGAUUGUUUGUCUGAGGGAGAGAAAAAGAGAAAGAAAGAAAAGAUCUGUGUUUGUGUGUGUGUGUUAACUGGGAACACUGAUGAAGGGCUAGACCCGAAACGUUUGUCCCCUGUCUGUCGGUUUUAUUUACAUUUUUCGGCUUUGUUUAAUACAAUUUUUGAUUUUGCAUCCAG